AUGAAACUGCUGCUAAAAAUCCACAACAAAGAACGCCACUCGCCGACCGUGGCGGCCUCGACGGCGGUUACGCUGUUCCAGCGGAAGCGUAAAUAUUACCACCGUAGAGUUUCGAACUCAUCCUCGUACCCUCUGCCUGCCAACAACUCCGCCCCGGCUAGCUCCCACGCAUCCAGCCUGCUCGCAUCACCAUCAUCAUCAUCAUCAUCUUCGUCACCCUCGUCGGCGACUGGAGCAUCUGCGUCGGCACCUUUAUCUCCAUCGGGGGCCAAUUCCCCAGCGCAGUCGAUGCAUGCGUACGAAGGGGAAUCUUCCCUGACGAUCGGAGGAAGUGCAUCACCAUUUUCCAACUAUCGGGAGUCCUCCAGCUGUCCCAUCGAGCGACGGCCGCUGCUACGGAAUUCCCAAUUCCAGUCAUCAGGCCGCAGUUUCGCUAGUGUCUCCCGAUCUGGCCGUAACAACCAGAACCGAGGAUUGCCAUCGAACGAACCGACGACCCUGCGCCAGGAGCGCUACUUUAUUUACGGCGCCCUGAUCUUCUUCGCAAUCGUCGGAUUCUCCACCGCGAUCUACUUCAUCGUCAACCAGGCCCAGAGUGCCGACGGCAUGAAGCAACCACGGGACAUUCUGUUCGGAGAAAACUACAACCCUCGAACGAUUCCCACGCUCGGCAACAGCCACAUGAUCAUCGACCGGAACAACUGGGGCACGCAAGACGAUGUGCAGGCGCCGGUCCGACUGGAGCGUCCAGUGCCGUACGUGCUGGUGACGCAUGUUGGCGCAAAGAACAAAAACUGCACCGAUAUUUACCAGUGCUCCAACAAGAUGCGCAUUCUACAGGACGCGGCAAUCGGCGAACGAUACCUGCCGGAUAUACCGAGUAAUUUCUACAUCGGUGGCGAUGGCAACAUCUACGUUGGCCGUGGCUGGGACAUUGCCAACUCCUAUCACAACCGAACGAUAUCCAUCUGCUUCAUGGGAGACUACAACGUUUACGCGCCACUCGAGUCACAGCUCUCCGCCCUACAGCACCUUCUCACGUACGGCGUGGUCAAGGAUGUCCUCUCGAAGGACUUUAGGCUCGUUGCUCGCCGACAGACCAAAAACACCACCAAGAGUCCAGGAGACCAACUGUACCCCAGGAUCGUGCAACUAUCACGCUGGAAUCCGUGCGGCACGCAAUCGUACAUGCACUGCGGUGCCGAGCUUGGUUUUCCGAGCCUUUGGGACGACGAAAAGCUAUACAACGAGCGUAAUGGACGCGUAAACCCUUUAAUCUCCCAACGAAAAGAGGAAGAGUAACGCACCUGUAGAAAGGUGCUAUAGAUCGGUUGCACUUUUGUGCAUAAAACUAUGCAUAUAUAUUUUUUUAUAACGAGUUAAUGUUAGGGAUAUCACAGGUCAAGCAUUUAGCCAUAAGCAAGCGUCUAGUCAUAAGAAUUUUUGUUUGUAAAUACUAGUGAAGAAAAUACUGAUAUUAUGGCAUUGAGAUUAAUAAAUGAAGCAAGUU